AUGCGACCGGCUACGCGUGUACUGCGCCAGGCGCGUCUCGCGCAUCCGACGGCGGCGGCCCGGCGGCUGUUUUCUUCGUCGCCGGCACGGCUCGAGCAGUACGGCUUCAUCGGCCUCGGCCAGAUGGGAUACCAGAUGGCCAAGAACCUGCAGAGCAAGCUGACGCCGGCGGACUCGGUGCAGUUGUUUGACAUCAACAAGGCGGCCGUGCAGAAGCUGGCGAGCGAGGUGUCGGCGACGGGCGCGGCCGUGGAGGUUGUGUCGAGCGUCGCCGAUGCGGCCAAGAAUGCGGACUACGUCGUCACGGUUCUGCCGGAGCCCGUGCACGUCAAGGGCGUCUACAAGGAGAUCCUGGCCGGCGGCCUCGCCCCCGCGUCCACGCCGUCGAAGAAGCCCGUGUUUGUCGACUGCUCCACCAUCGACCCCUCGACGUCCCGCGCCGUGGCCGCCACCGUCCAGCACGCCGGCGGCGAUUUUGUCGAUGCGCCCAUGUCGGGCGGCGUCGUCGGCGCCACGGCCGGCACCCUGACGUUCAUGCUCGGCUGCCCCCAGCACCUGGUGCCCGCCGUCGAGCCGCUGCUGCUGCACAUGGGCCGCCGCGUGCUGCUCUGCGGCGACCAGGGCGCCGGCCUGUCCGCCAAGCUAGCCAACAACUAUUUGCUGGCCAUCAACAACAUUGGCACCGCCGAGGCCAUGCACCUGGGCGUGCAGUGGGGCCUCGAUCCCAAGGUGCUCGCGAGCGUCAUCAAUGUCAGCACGGGCAAGUGCUGGCCGUCCGAGGUCAACAACCCGGUCGCAGGCGUCGUUCCGACGGCGCCGGCCAACCGGGACUAUGCGGGCGGCUUCGGCAUCAGCCUCAUGAAGAAGGAUCUGAAGCUGGCGAUUGCGGCGGCCGAGGAGGCGGGCGCAAAACUGGCGCUGGCGGACUCGGCAAGGGGUCUGUACGAAGCCGCGGAGCAGGACGAGUCGUGCAAAGGUCGCGACUUUUCGGUUGUGUACCGGUACCUGGGCGGCAAGGAGUAG